GCCUGAGAGCCCCCGAUGGCCCACGGCGGGGCGGCCUGCGGGAGCGACGCGCGGCUGCUGCUGGGCCGGGAAGCCGUGCGGCCCGCGCCCGCGCUGCUCGCCCCCGCCGUCCUGCUGGGCGCCGCGCUAGGCUUAGGCCUCGGCCUCUGGCUCGGCUGCCGCGCCGCCCGCCCGCGGCCGCGACACCAGAAAGACGACGCUCAAAGUCUGCUCAAGAAUUUGGAGUCUAAUGCACAGACCCCCUCAGAAAGCGGCUCCCCACCCAGAAGGAGGAAGAGAGAAGCACAGACUUCGAAGAAUGAGGAGGCUCUGGACGAAUGUGAGCCGUCUUUCAACAGCAACAUCACAGCAUUUGCACUGAAGGCCAAAGUCGUCUAUCCCAUCAACCAGAAGUUCCGGCCCCUGGCCGACGGUUCCUCCAACCCGUCUCUGCACGAAAAUUUAAAGCAGACUGUUUUGCCCAACCAGCCGGUGGAGGUUUCCCCCUCCAGCAGCCUGGGCAGCCUAAGCCAGGCCGAGAAGGACGACCGCAGCUCCUCGUGCAGCAUCCACUCGGCCACCAGCGAUGACAGGUUUCUCAGCCGCACCUUUCUCCGGGUGAAUAGCUUCCCUGAGGCACUGACCUGUGAGAGCGCGGAUCUUGACUUGUGUAUCUACAACCUUCACUUAAAAGACCUGCUACACCUGGACACGGCACUGAGACAGGAGAAGCAGUUGAUGUUUAUUCAGAUUUUGAAAAUGUGCCUCCUUGACCUUCUUCCGAAAAAGAAGCCUGAUGAUGAAUUAUACCAGAAGAUUCUUUCAAAACAAGAAAAUGAUUUGGAGGAAUUAGAAAAGGGACUUCAGGCCAAACUGUCAAACAUGGAAAUGUUGGGUGCGGGUGAUUCUGAAUAUAUCACCCUGGCAGACGCGGAAAAGAAGGAGAGAGAAUACUCUGAGCAGCUAAUAGAUAAUAUGGAGGCUUUCUGGAAACAGAUGGAAAACAUCCAGCACUUUCUUGUGGACCAAUUCAAGUGUUCCAGCUCCAAAGCCCGACAGCUCAAGAUGACUCUGACAGAAAGAAUGGUUGUAGCUGAAGGGCUAUUGCGUGACUCUCAGGAUUUGCAGGCUCUGGACACCCUGGAGAGGACCAUGGGGCGGGCGCACAUGGCCAAAAUGAUUGAGUCCCUGAAACUGCAAAUCCAGGAGGAGACCAAAUGCCGCCUGGCUGCCAUCUCCCGAAGCCUGGAGCUGCUGACGGUGGAGGGGAAGCUGUCAGGGUGGCAGAAGGAGGAGCUGCUCACUCAGCAGCACAAAACCUUCUGGGGGGAAGCGGAGCGCUUCAGCAGGGAGUUUGUCCAGCAAGGCACAGAUCUGGUCAAGGCGUCACUGGUUCGCCAGGCAGAAGUGACAGCAGAGCUCACGCUGGCUCAGGAAGACGAACGGAGGGGCUUCCUGGCUGAGACACAGCUGACCGCCGAGCCCGACCAGUUCCUCCAGGCUUUUCACGAGGUCCUGCAGAGGCAGAGGUUGACACGGAGUGACCUGGAGGAAGAGGAGAAUGCUCGAACCACCGAGGCUGUGGCUGCGCUCUGCCAGGAGCUGUACUGCAGCACCAUGGAAACAUUCCAGAAGUUUGUGGACAUCCUGUUCCUGCAGACCCUCCCAGACGUGACCGGCCUUUCCCAGGCGGAAUGUGAAUACUUGAGGCAGGAGACCCAGGAGAACACCGCCCGGCAGCUGGGGACAUCGGAUCGCUUCCGGAAACAGCAGUGGAAACUGUUCCAAGAUCUCCUGGAGCAGGAAAAGCAGGUGUGGCUGGAGGAGCAUGCCCUGUCCACUAUUCUGCAGACACACCUGCGAGACGGCCAUGAGAGCGUCAUCCACCGAGUGUUGGGCCAACUUGGUGGCCUCAGUGAAGAGUCUGUGCGAUGCAUCCUGCAGAGGCAUGACCUGCUCCUGCGCUCAGCCCUCCGGAGGCUGGCUCUCCGUGGCAGUGCCAUCACCACCCUGACCCAGAUGAGACUGUCUGGAAAGAAGAGCCUUCUCCAGGAGCUGCGAGAGCAGCUCGCCCUCGAGCAGGGCUCCUCCCAGUGUCUGGACGAGCAUCAGUGGCAGCUGCUCAGAGCCUUGGAGACGCGUGUCCUGGAGGAGACCAGCAGGCUGGAGGAGGAGGCGCAGCAGAUACGGCUGCAGCUUCAGCAGCAGCUCCUGGCCGAGGCACAGGAGGUCGGGCAGCUCCUGCAGCAGCACACAGAGCGGGCCAUCGGGCAGGCACUGCUGGGGCAUGCGCGGAGCGCGGCCACCAAGAGCCGGACCAAGGACAGGGAUGACUUCAAGAGGACGCUGCUGGAGGCGGCUGUGGAGAGCGUGUACGUGACGAGUGCCAGCAUCGGUCGGCUGGUGCAAGCAUAUUACCAGCAGACGGGGAGGGUCCUGCAGGACCACGAGGACUGCAAGCUGCAGCAUCUGAAGGCCCUCCGGGGAGAGAGAAUGGAAAAUUACAAGCUGCGGAAAAAGCAAGAACUCGGCGACUCUUCGUCAGAGGGCAAGAUGGCAGGUGGAGUUCAUGAAGCGUCCCAAGCCGUCCAUCAGAGGAUGCUGGCGCAGCAGAAAAAGUUCCUGGCGCAGUUCACCGUGCACCAGCAGGUCCGCCUGGACGCGUGGAAGCAGAAGGCCAGGGUCAUGGACCAACUGGAGGCCCAGCUUGAGACCCAGCUACAGGAAGCUGAGCAGACCUUCAUCUCCGAGCUGGCGGCCUUGGCCCGCGUGCCCCUUGCCGAGAGCAAACCACCUUCAAAUAAGCGUGGACAGUCAGAGAAGUCCCUAAGGACCAAAAGGAAGAAGGCUCCGCUCCGGGAGAGAGGGGACCCUGGGGGACCCCAUGACGACGACCCUGCCUCUGGGGGACACCACUCUGGAUCACUCAGCAGCAAAAGGCUAAGCCAGCAAGAAAGUGACGCUGGUGAUGGUGAGAAUUCCAAGAAGAUGCUAAAGAAAAGAAGCAAUUUGUAGUUUAAGGCCGGCUGGGGACCGAACCUGAAGACCUGGUCUGCGGGUGCCUGCCCCUCCCCCAGCCAUGUGACAGUGAGGAGGGACCUGCCCAGCUGGGUCAUGGGGAGGUGUCCCCUCUGCUCACAGGCUUGCCGUGAGGGGGACGGAGAAUGGAUGUGAAAGAGCCCGAAAAGGCACCAAGGAGUGUGGUGGACCCUACCACCUGAGACGAUUAGACCCCCGUCUUGGAAACGUGUCUCUGUGAGUUUUGUGUCUCAGGCUCUGUUCCCCCGGGGUCUCGUUCUUCCUGGCUCCCUGUGCCCUGGUGCCCCUACCUCCCCGACCCGCCUUCCCCAGCACGAAGUUGUUUCAUUCCAGCUGUGGGCCCCUGGGCUGUCCGCCUCUUGGUGACGUUCUGCUGGUAGUCACAGGUCUUUAGGUGUUGCUAGAGUUUUCUGGGUCUGAGACUUUUCUCCUCCAUUUCCACCGCGCCCCCGUCCCCCUGCUGUCCCACCUGCCAAGGCCACUGGCUGCCACAGGGAUCUCAUCAGGCCCCAUUCCCGUCCUUGGCUCAGCCAGCAGCUGCGGCCUGGUCACUGGGGCGUCUGAGACAGACAGUGCCCGACAGCAGCCGUGCCGUAAGGAGGAAUGGUCUCAGGGCACUGCUUCCCCAGGGAACGGCCAGAGAACCCACUGCCAGGGGAGGCCUUUCCCACAAGAAAGAAAACUGCUCUUUUCAUCGAGCAUCAGGGGUUCUCAACCUGGGCACUAUGGAUGUUUUGGGUGAGAUAAUUCUAUUUGGGGGAAAGGCCGUCCUGUGCAUUGUGGGAUAUGUCGCAGCAGCCCUGGCCUCUACCUACCAGAUGCCAGCACUUCCCAGUUGUGACAACCAAAAGUGUCUCUGGACACUGCCAGAUGUCCCCUGGGGGGCCUAACCCACGGAUCUAAAUCCAAGUGAGGUGGCCGCAGGCAACCAGGGGGAAGAGCUCAGCGUUUCCACAAAUUCCCAGGACUUAGUGGGCUCCAUGGUCUGGGAGCCACUGUCUCGGCGAUUUUAUGGACCAUUUAUGACCUGAAUUGUUAUUUCUUAAAACGUAAACUAAACCCUCUUAGGAGAGUGGCUCUGUAACAGCAGAAGUAAUCCAUGGUGUGCUAACACACCUUCAGAGCAUCCGCCAAUCCUAAAUGGGAUUCCCAAAAUUAACCAACAGCUCCCUCUUGUGGUAAAAUACAACAUUUCACUCUGCACAAACAAAGCUUCCUUCAUGCAGUAUUUUGAGAACCUGGUUUGCAUAGAAAUCACUUUUAUUUUUGUCACAUGGGUCCUCGGCCCAGAGGCAUUCCGACCGCAGACCGUACAGAUCCAGUCUUGCUGGCUGCCUCAGUCUCCAGGGAUCUUGCAGGG